AUGGCUCAAAAACGUGGAUUUAGUGCGAUUCAGGUUGAAAAACUGGAAUUAGAGCCUUCAGUGGCUGUGGGGGCCUUCUUCAAAGGAAUCCAGGUACCUAAGAAAACGAAAUUUGAGCUUUACCAUGCCAAAAAUGAGUCUGACAGUUUUCUUAUUCAUGGGGAAAACGAACGGGUUGAAUACGCGGGUAGUACCGAUUCAAACUCUAGCGAAAGCAGCCAGUAUCUGGUGGGUAUCUAUGAUCCAUCUAAGAGAUCGAUCCAAUUGCAUAAAGCACCCGUUCUGUCUACCAAAGUGGCACCAAAAGCGACCAAAGAUUUGUCGGGGCCAGACAUCAAACAAACAGAUCUACGUGCUGGCGCCUUGAGAAAUGCUCUUGGAGAAGCGUUCGGUACCAAAAAGGCUAAGAAGGCCAUUGCAGACAUAGAACGCAACAGAAUCGACCCAGACAAGCUGGUAGAUUCCGCCGUUGACAUCGUGGACUCUGUAAAAACAGCAUCGAAAGACUUGCCCUCGAGAGAAGAGCUCCAGCAAGUGUCCUCGCAGGAUAGGACUACACCCGAAGCAAACGUGGAUGCCACAGACGUGGAACAAAUUUAUCCAAUCCACAAUAUAAUACCCAAGAGAGAAUGGCAGCAUAUUCGCGUUGGAGCGGUACUUAAGGAAACGGACGAAGUUGCAAGACUCGAACUUUUCCCAUACACCAAAUCUCCUUACGUUGCUAAGAAGCUAGCAACACUAACACAGGCCCAGCAGAUGACCAAAUUGCAGCUUCUGUAUUACCUUUCAUUGCUUCUGGGAGUUUUUGAGAAUAAGCGAGUUAGCGACAAAGCCAAACUAUUAGAAAAUUUGAAUGCACCACCCGAGCUGCUAGUUGACGGCAUUCUAGAGAGAUUCACAAUCAGCAGAACCGGUCAAUAUGGGCGUUCCAGGGAUCGCGGUUUCUUUAUCGACCCUCAGAGAGAGGAUAAACUAUUGUGCUACAUUCUGGCCAUCAUUUUGCAUUUGGACAAUUUUAUCGUCGAAAUCUCUCCUUUGGCACAAGAGUUAGGUCUGAAACCAUCGAAGAUUGUCAAUCUGUUCAAAAACCUUGGUGCAAUUGUUAAAGGUGCUACUGUUUCCCAAGCAGAAGCAUUUGGCAUACCAAAAAGCGCUGCUUCCACUUACAAGAUAGCUACGAUGAAAGUCCCAUUCAAACUCCCAGAAACUGGCAGAAGAGUUAGACGUGGUGGCCGUUAG